UAUGAGUCUGUUCAUAAAUGAACAUAGCUAACAACUAGAACAGGGUGUGUGGUGUUCUGCUGGCAAAUUAUACACCAGAGUCUCCAUGGAUGCUUCACUGGAAAUAUUGGAUUAUGAGGCUGAAGUCAGUAAUAGAGUGGAAAAUCAGCCAGUUGAAGACAGGACUGGAGUGUUCCUCAAACAAUGGGAAUCCCAAGUGCGCCCUUACAUUGAAAUGAUUGACUACCUACGACAUAUCGGCAUUGAGAAGGAUCUUGCGCUGCCCUCCAUUGCAGUUGUUGGAGACCAAAGUUCCGGGAAAAGCUCUGUUUUAGAAGCACUCUCUGGCGUGGCUUUACCCAGAGGCAGUGGCAUUGUCACCCGUUGUCCACUGGAGCUAAAACUGCGGAAACUGAGCACAGACUCAAAUUGGACGGCUGUCAUAUCUUACCGAGAUGUGCAAGAGACAUUCACGGAACCUUCAAAAGUUGAAGGAUAUGUCAGAAAAGCCCAGAAUGUUCUUGCUGGAGAUGGUGUUGGGAUCUGUGAUGAACUCAUCAGUUUAGAGAUCACGUCUCCUGAUGUUUGUGACCUUACCCUGAUUGAUUUGCCUGGUAUAACUAGAGUACCUGUGAAAGGCCAACCUGAGGAUAUUGGUGAUCAGAUUAGACGGCUUAUAUUGAAAUUUAUUGAGAAGAGAGAAACCAUUAAUUUGGUUGUUGUACCCUGCAAUGUGGACAUAGCAACAACUGAGGCACUGCGGAUGGCACAGGGUGUGGAUCCUAAUGGAACAAGAACUUUAGCAAUUCUUACAAAGCCAGAUUUGGUAGAUAAAGGGGCAGAAGCUGACAUUUUACAGGUUAUGCAGGGUAAAGUUGUUCCUCUGAAAAAAGGUUACAUAAUGGUACGGUGUAGAGGUCAGAGUGACAUUAAUGAAAACCUCUCCUUGGCUGAGGCCACAAGACUGGAGACAGAGUUCUUCAGGAGCCACGCUCAAUUUAGCUAUCUUUUGGAAGAACAGAAAGUCACAACACGCUGCCUUGCUACUAGGCUCACUAAAGAGCUGGUUGAGCAUAUCAAGGCAUCACUGCCAUCCCUCACAGAGCAGAUUCAAAUCCGUUUAUCUGCUGUUAGGCUGGAACUCAGGAGCUAUGGCCAAGGGCCUCCAUUAGAGCCAGAGAAGAUGGGGGCUUUUCUGAGUAAGGGAAUCCUGGAGUUCAGCGAUCAAAUCAGUGAGCUCUGUCGGAAUGGGGCUUCGGGAAUAGGAAACAUCUAUUCCCUCCUGCGACCUGUGUUCAAACAAUGGGAAAGUCACCUGAGAGACUCCAAAACAUCAUUUAUGGAUGAAGUGCGGGAGAUGACGGAAAACUAUGAGGCACAUCGUGGGAGAGAGCUGAUAACAUUCAGUGACUACUGUGUGUAUGAAUCACUGAUUCAGAAGCAUGUAAACAACCUGCAACUACCAGCUAUAGAGACCCUGAAGACUGUUAGAGGCAUUGUGCAAAAUGAGUUCAGAGCUCAGUGUGAGCUCUGCUUUCCAAAUUACCCUCAUCUGAGAUAUAUGAUAAUAAAUCAGAUUGAUGACAUUCAAUCACAACAGGAGGCAAAAGUGGAGAAGAGGAUCAUGGAGUACAUCAAUAUGGAGAAACUUGUGUAUACCCAGGACCCCAUUUUCACCCAGAAGAUGGUCGACUUCAAAUUUGUUGAGCAGAGACAGGAGUAUGAGUCUGUGUGUUUAGAUACUGGAGAGAAUGCGACCUCUCCCAAAAACUGUGCUGCCUUUGACACCAGAAAGCUCACACCUGAGAAAUGGAUAAUCUACUUUGAGAUUGUCUACCAGCGUUUGGCAGAUUAUAUUCCCAUGUUGAUCUUGCUGUUUAUGCUGAAAGAAGCUGUCGUGCUGUUGCGGGCAGAAUCCAUGGACCUAAGAAAUGGGCAUGAUGUGUCUAAACUGCUCAAUGAAGACUCAGAGUCAGGACGAAAGAGAAUAGAGUUACAUCAGCGCAUGGAACGACUACGGAUGGCCCAGGAGAGAAUCAGCAUUAACAUCUGAAAUGUUGCAUUUUUUCAUCUUAUCUAAAAGCAUACAUACAUAUUAAUAUGUGUCACAAAAUAGCCUAGUUUUCAGUUCAGAUUUAUGAUAUUGUGUGGAAUGCUCUUUU